AUGAGACUCUUUUUGAUAAAGCCGAGAUAUAUUCCGGCGGUCAAACAGUGGACAAGGGCCUUUGCGCAAAUUCCGUGGUAUGUGGACGAAGGAGCCGAGCAAGUGGCAAAACAUCGUAUUGAAAUGCCCAUACCAGACAUGCCAUCAGAUCCACCUUCCAAGCUCGAGCCUAUCACAAAAUACGUCGUGCAGGACUUGGGAUUGAUGGACACACAAAUUAUUGACGGCCGAGACCGAGAAACAGCACUUGGCCCGGCUAUCAUGAUUGUGGGGACCGGCAAGUCGAAUCGACACCUUGGUAAUGCGGCAGCUCAGUUAUUGAACUGGCUGAAAAAAGAAUAUAAUGUAGCAGUGGAUACCGAAGGUAUCCUGACUGCUAACUUUAUCAAGACGCAGAGUCGCCGUGCCCAGCGCCGUGCUAGACAGCAGGGUCUUGGUGAGCAGCAGGCCUGGGUCGAGGCUUUUGCCAAAGUUGGCUCGUGGGUCGUUCUGAACACCAACGUCGAUAACAUUUACGUCCAUUUGCUCACGCAAGACCGCCGAAGAGGAUUGGACCUCGAACAUCUCUGGACGCACGAACCCCUUCCACAAAAGCAGGAUUCGUUCGACGAGCAGUACUUUUCUCCUGCCCAAAUGCCAUCUGGACGUCGCCAGUUUCAUACUGUGGCACCUCGGAACGCUAUGGUUUCUGAAAGCUCUCAAUCGCUCAUGAAGGGUGACUACAAGACCUUGACUGGUGACGAGUCCCUCGUUGCCCACAUUAAUCAUGUGCUUUUAGCUGCGCGUGAUCCUAAUUACGAGCUUACCGAGUCUUCGCCGGUUGUAACAUCAUUUUUUGAGUCGUGGCCAACCCUCCCCAGUCGGGAGCAGUGGAAACUACGUUUAUACUUUAUCGUGACUAUUUUCCUUAUCAGCAACGAUUUCCCCCUUCGGAAGCUCGUGGAUCACAUCAGACUCCAGCAAGCAUCAGGGUAUAUGGUUGAUCAAGAGGAUCUGGAACAGAUAUUCUGCGCUAUCGCAUACUACAGACAGGCGGAAUUUGCUACCAAGCGGUGCACUCCUGAAACUAAAGCACAGUGGACCGAACUUUGUAACGAGAAGAGCAAAACGGUGAUCAAUAUCCACAAUAUUGUAUUCCGAUCAAACGGCACGUCAUUGCUGGUCAAUAACCGCCUCAUCACCCUGCUGUUCCGCAUGUAUGCAGGCCCCAGUGCCACUAGCGUCGAUCCACAGACUGCAUUAGAAGACCCCACACCGGGACCUCGACCGGCCAUGUUUGUGGACUCAAGACUCGCAGCCAUUCAAAUGAUCCUAGAAGACUCUAGCCAGCUUUUGGACAGUCGCACCUUGAUGCUGGUGCUUACCACGCUCAUUAAUGGGCACACCUGGUCAACGUUCUGGCGCAUUCUCGACUCUGUGACUGGCAUCGCCAAUGUUGACGAACGUAUAAUUGAAGCAGCAGUGGCAAUGGUAGUCAAGACCGGAAACGAAGUGCAAAUACGCUAUGCUCUCGACCGCUUUUUACCCUCUUUAUUACUGCAAAACAAAGCGAGUGUCACACCUGCUUUGACUCGUACUCUCAACAUCUCGCUCGAGAUCGUCGAUAGCGAACGAAAGGCUUACCGAGCUCUUCGCCAGGUUAUCGCCAAUAACCAGAAAUGA